AUGUAAAGGUACACUCUCACCACACAAAGCUGUAGAGCCUUUCCCUCCUGCUGUUGACUUGGUGCAAAUUGCACACAAUGAGAGCCACUGUUUGCACUGGCUUCUUUCCUACCCGCAUACCCGGAUAAAUCCUUAAGCAUCCUGGAACAGCGUGUCCUCAAUUGCAUGAAACUUCAGAUUCACGUUUCUCUACAGAGAAGUCGACACAGAACUAGGGGGUGAUGUGCCCUGUGAAUGGAUUCAUUGUUGGCUAAAGAUUUUGUUUGCCAUACAGGACAGUAUGCUUAUAGAUUUGCAUCAGAGGAAUCCUGUGUGUCGGUGUUCUGUUUCGCUUUGUGGACAAUUUUAGUGUGAAAUAAUUUAAAGAAAAUAAUAUUAGCCAAGGAGCAACCGACUUUCUCCAGAUACAGCAGAAAUUUUGGAAUGUGUUUAGCUGUGAAAUAUUUAUAAUGUCUGUCAUGGAAAAAGUGAGUGAAGCAACGGAGCCUGGGACUGCAGAAGCUGCAAGCAAUGAGCCUGUAAAAACGGAAUCUAAUGAGUCAGCUCCCACAAUGGCAUCCCAGAUAAAGUACAUAUCUUUGGGGGUAUUGGUGCUCCAGACCACCAGUUUAGUGUUAACAAUGCGCUAUUCCCGCAUGCAGAAGGAAGAAGGGCCACGAUACCUACCGUCCACAGCUGUGGUCGCAGCCGAGGUGUUGAAGAUUGUGGCCUGUAUUCUGCUUGUUUAUAAAGACAACAAUUAUAAUCUCAGAUCUCUGAAAAGAGUGCUGCAAGAUGAAAUAGUCAACAAACCGAUGGACACUCUGAAGCUAGCGAUACCUUCUGGGAUUUAUACCCUGCAGAAUAACCUUCUUUACGUAGCACUGUCCAACCUUGAUGCAGCCACUUAUCAGGUGACAUAUCAGCUGAAAAUCCUCACAACAGCUCUGUUCUCCGUGUGCAUGCUACAGAAAAAACUGGCAACGCAUCAGUGGGUUUCAUUGCUCAUACUGAUGGCUGGUGUAGCAUUAGUUCAGUGGCCUGCCGAUUCUUCAAAAACUCCAAACAAAGAGGUAUCUAUGGGCUCUGGCAUUGUAGGCCUCAUGGCUGUCAUCACUGCUUGUUUUUCCAGUGGCUUUGCUGGGGUCUAUUUUGAAAAGAUUCUAAAAGAAACUAAGCAGUCCCUGUGGAUAAGGAAUAUACAGCUUGGAGUCUUUGGAUGGAUGUUUGGUCUAAUGGGAGUUUUUAUUUAUGAUGGAGAGCGUGUCUCUAAGGCGGGAUUCUUCCAAGGAUACAAUAAUCUAACAUGGACUGUUGUGGCUCUGCAGGCUCUGGGCGGAUUGGUGGUCGCCACUGUUAUUAAAUAUGCUGACAACAUCUUAAAAAGUUUUGCAGCAUCUAUCUCAAUCAUUUUGUCCACACUAAUCUCCUACUUCUGGUUGAAGGACUUUGUCCCCACAAGUGUAUUUUUUGUCGGAGCAUUGUUAGUGGUUGCAGCUACAUUUCUUUAUGGUUAUGUUCUGAAACCAUCAGCAACCGCUAUCAAAGCCUGAGGACUGGUAAGGACAAAGAUGGCAUUAGCUGCUAUUUAUUCUGAGGAUGAAGACAACCCAAGAUAGCUGUGCGGCACACGGAGUAAAGACCAAAGAAUGUGAAGCUGCUGAUCUUUAACAAGAUGGACACUAUUUAAUUCUUUUUUCUUUAAAAAGAAAAUGUAUAUUUUGUUAAUACUUGAACAUGAACUCAUUAGGUUUUCCUGAUGGCUGCACAACUUUUCUUAUUGGGUCAUUUUUGUGUUUUGCAGACUAUGUCAAAUAUUUAAUCUUUAAAAUCUGUUUGUUUUUUUGUGGUGGCUGGGUCUGUCAUACCCACCUGAAUCUGAUUUUAGAUAUGUUUAAGGAGCAGCUGAAAAUGAAAAAGAACUUUGCUUUUUUGCACAAAUUCAGGAAAUCUUUGGUAUGUGUUUUAUACAAGAGAGAUUUAGCGUCUCACUGCAUUUGUGAGAUUAUCAUGUAGAUCAAAACUGGGAAAAUAAACAAUUUUUACCAAUA